AUUUUAAAAGAAUAGCCGACAUAAGUGGCCAUAUAAUUGUACUUAAUGUCUCAAGUCUUGUCUCGACCGUUGUACCUAUCAGUUGUGUUUUGUUGUGCUCUGCUUUACACGUUUAGUUUUGUUUUAUUUGUUGUGAAACUUUACGGUGGGUGUGUGGGGUCAAAUUUUUUUUCUUGUUCUUUUCCUUUGAAUUCUUAUUCGUCUGGCAGAUUGACUUUACAAAGGAUGGCCACUUACAAGUGUCAUAAUUGCCUCAAAGAAUUUGCGGAUAGAGACAAGUAUAACAAGGCCGGAUGCAACGGUGGCAGCACGCAAGUGACUACAAAGACCCUGCUAUUGGAGAAGUAGAACCACCUCUGAUUUUUUUGUGCGCUCUGCGAUUCUCCAGACGUUAGGUACCUCAGCAAUAAAGUAACAAACUUGAUUUUGAUGGAAAAAUCAGGUGCCUCAAAGUAUCAUGCAAAGUUGUUGACUGCAAACAGCAGAUAGAACGAGUCCCGACAACGUAUACGUCGUGCUUUACUGAAUCGGUUUCUCGUCUCAUCAUCCAUGCAAACAGAGUUGCCUCCUGAAAUGUCAUCAUCUCUAGGAAAUCCAGAGUCCCCAGCCUGUGGCAACACCCGAAGAUGGCACUAUGUAAUCGUAGAACAUCUCCCGGUUACAUUUACUACCACCAGGGCAUGAAAUCGUCGGAUUUUGUCCAAUGCUUUUGCUUAUUCAACCAGGGCAAUGACUCGGAGGAACCCAUAUUAAAAGUCCUUAACUAGAGAGACCUAGAGAGGAACCUUAACUAGAGAGUCCGCUGAGAGAUUGUUGGGGGGACAGGAUGUGGACGCGCGUAGAACGGGUUGAGUGGUUAUCGGAGUUUGCUGUCUCUCGGAGGGUUGUAGAGAACCGUCCGAGGUUAAGCAAAAGUAAACGUCGGUCGGGGUUUCAACAGACUAUUGGCUGCCUCCCCCGCUGAGAAUGGUGAUAACGAUAACAUCUGAUAAGUAGCUUAUUGCUGCUUGCAAGAGCAAAAGCUUUAACAAUGUGAAACUGCCUGAAGAGAUGCCUUUUCUGGACCCAUUGACUCCUCAUCUGAAAGACGUUUUGCAGAGUUUGUAGAACGACUUCCACAAUGCCUAUGAGAUUAAUUGCGCAGAGGUGGAGGCAGAUCUCAGCACCUACACAUCCUAUCUUGUUUCGGAGAGGACGGUUCAGCUUCAGAUGUACAAUGAAAGUCGCCACAACUAUUUCUCCAGUGGCUCUCCCAAGAAGGGAAAAUCUCCGACGACACUAACCUCAUCUAUUGAAACCCAAUUAUUACUAUCCCGAGUAUGCUUCGUACAAUAUAGGAAUUUUUAUUUGUGCUCGUUGCUCUGGAGUGCAUCGGCAAAUGGGAGUACACAUAAGUAAAGUCAAGCAUUUAAAGUUGGAUCGCUGGGAAGACUCCCAAGUGGAACGGAUGAGGGAAGUGGGAAACGUUAGAGCCAAAAUGAAAUUUGAAGAAAGAGUGCCUCCGUGUUAUAGGAUACCAAAAGAAGAUGAUCCUCAAGUUUUAGUGGAGCAAUGGAUUCGAGCAAAGUACCAAAGGGGCGAGUUCUGUUACCCAGAGCGUCAAUUAUACGUGAGCGGUGAUUUUUCCGGAUUUUUAAUGAAAAGAGGCAAAGAGGACAGUCGGUUUCGUUCAAGAAAAUUUGUGUUGUCGGAAAGUGAUGAUACUUUGAAAUACUACAUAGUGGAGAAUAGGGAACCUAAAGCGGUGCUGAGAGUAUCUGAACUGAAUGUCAUUUUUGCGCCUCAAAAAAUGAGUUUAUAUCCAAACUCGUUACAGAUUAGUUAUCUCAAGGAUGGUACCACUCGACAUAUUUACGUAUACCAUUCCGAAGGUGAAGUAAUAACCAAUUGGUAUAUGGCAAUUAGAUGUGCCAAACUACACAGGCUUCAGGUUGCAUAUCCCUCAGCUAGCGAGUCUGAACUUGUACAAUUUCUAACAGAAGAUUUUGCGAAAGAGGGCUGGUUGUGGAAAACUGGACCCAAAGUAUCUGAUGGGUUCAAAAAGAGAUGGUUUGCAUUAGACAACCGAAAGUUGAUGUAUCAUGACGAGCCUAUGGAUGCGAACCCUAAAGGAGAAAUUUUCAUUGGUCAUAUGGCUGACGGAUAUUGCAUGAACAUGGGCGUUUCUACUGGUGUAAGAGAUCAAGGAUUUUCGUUUAAAUUGACAACGCCCGAUAGAAUCUAUAAUCUAUCGGCUCAGUCUGAAAUUGACCGAGAUCACUGGAUAGAAGUUUUGGAACGGGUGAUUGAGCGACCUCUUACGGCGCAAGAUAUUGCAGUUUCAGCACGACUUGUACGAAAGAGGACGAAUACAAACUCCAUCAGUAUAUUUUCUCCUAGGUAGUUUCUAAUGAUUGUAGACGGCAUUUUGCCUUUUGCUAGCCUAGUCCUGUACUACAUCAUGUGUACCUUAUGGUAUCGUAUCAUGCACAUCUCAUUGGCAAAUACUCAAAACCAAAACAGGUACCUAUUUUUACAAAGCAAUCUCCUUUACAUGGUAAAGUAUUUAUAUGUGAAUGUUACGUGGGUUCUUUUGAUCAAGUUCGUUCUAGUGUAUUGUGUUCUGAUAGUAUUUGUAAAUAGUAAUUCUGCCAUAUUCUGAUGUAAGUCAAUUUAAUAUUUACGUUCAAAAUAGGGCGUCAUUAAAGCUGCAGAAAUUUCAGCGUUUAGCAUGCCGUAUCGAUGGCAAUGCCGUAAGAAAGCUGGAGUGGUUUUAUUGUAUUUUUUCAUUUUGUUGACUUCUGAAACUGUUGUGUUUCCAGUUUUUCACAAAGUCUCGUUUUCGAAAUGCACUUCUGUUUUUGAGCCUGCAUCUAUAGGGUGAGUUUUUUUAAGUGUUACAAGGCUAUAUCUCAGAAACGGUUUCAAAUUUACUUAUAAAACUUUGGGAAAGUAAGAAACUGGUAGGGAGACGUAUUCAUUUUAUUAUUCUACUCAAGCGCCCUCUAUGAGAGGUGAAGGCAACAUAAAACAUUUAAAUGAGACGGUAUAUUUUUUAUCGUUAAAUUUAAACCAACAAAAGAAACUAUGUAUGUGUACAAAUGUUUAUGUCAUUUGAUCACUUAGUUCCAGAAUUAUGACGUGCAACAUAAAUUUAAAAAAAUCAAUUUAUUAAAUUAUGACCCGACUAAUAAUAAUCAACUAUGUUUCAGCAUAUGUUCAAAAUGCCUGCCUUCAACUUUACUCUUUACCACUCUUUUUUUCAAGAAUUUUCCACUCGCGCUAUCAUUUCAGGUGUCACCAACAAGCAGGCAAAGCGAAUUAUCUCCGUCAUAUCAUGUGAGGUGGUGGGGUGCAAUGGCCAUCUCUUCUAUCUUUUAUCAAACCUCACAAAAAAAUCACGCGGUGUCAGAUCUGGAGAUCGCGCAAGCCAGUUGACCGCACCACCGACACCAAUCCAUCUUUCCAUCUUCCACUUAACUGGGGUAAACUGUUUCUUAAAAAGUUGGUGCAGAUAUUUCCAUUUAAAUUUAUUUCAUAAAAAUAGGUACCAAUAAUUCUAUCCCCAAUUAUACCAUAUCAAACAUUAAGCGCCCAGGGAUGUUGGUUUGGCACAGUUCUGAUCCAGUAACGAUUUUCCGCCGCCCAAUAGUGCAAGUUAUUUCUGCUUAUCUUUAAAAAAAAUGUUCUAAAAAUUCCUUUCAACAUCGUGAAUUUUCGUACAGUUCCAUUAGGAUACUUCCUUUUAAUGGAAUGUUUUUUUUGUGUAGAUUGUAUUUUUUUGUGUAGAUAGAGGAUUGUUUCUGUUAGAUUGUAUUUUUUGGAUUUUUACGUGGUUGAUGUUCACAGGAAUCAGUCGACCAUUUGACAGAUUCUUCGAGAAUUUCAGUAGUUGGGGUUGGUUUAGGUUGGAAAUCUCUGCGCCCACAGUAGCGCAGCUUCUCUGUAAUUCUUUCUGCACUCUUCCAUGUUUAAUUACAAUAACUUGAGAAAAAGAGCGAUAAACACCUUAGCGAGCGCAAUCGGUAAGGUAGAUGCCUGUUGUUCCUGGUUUCCACAUAAUAAAACAUGUUCCCCUACCUAAGUUUUACUUUCCAAAAUGUUUAUAAAUAUAUUGUAAACUGUUUCUGAGAUAGAGCCUUGUAACGCUUAAAAAAAACUCACCCUGUAUAACGAACCAUUUCUAACUAAACAUUUUGUACAAUGUUUACAAAAAGAUUCAAUGCAUAUCCAUACUCUAAAAGACUUGCCCACUAAAACAAUUAUUAUUUAGCUGUUUCAUGCUCAAUCAACUUGGACUUAUAAUAUUUCUAUAUUAUCUUGCCGCGUAUUCCUGAAACUCUGUUCCUUUUAGAGAUCUCAUCAAAGUCUAUAUCUCGUUUAAAACCCACGUGUAAAAUGGUUCGAAUUUCGAAGAUCUACAAAAUGAUGUCCAAAUUGCCUUUUAAAAGUCUUAUUUACAAACUUGCCCACAUUAAAGGAGCCCACAGCGAUAGUUUGUCCGGUUGGUUUUACCGAAUCUACACGAUGUUUUAUUAAGCUUAAGUUAUUAACCCUUACUGUAGUUAUCUGAAAGCCUUCGUGAGGCAUGUUAUUUAAAAAGUGGGUAGCUAACAAUUAUAAUACAUAAUUGGCACAUUCAUUUCUACAUUGAUAUGAAACAAUUCUGUUUAUUUUAAGCAAAUCAUAGAUAGAGUGCCCAACAACCGACAAAUAAAUUAUUUUAGUAUAGUUUUUCUUAAAUUAUCAUACAGUUCAAACUUUCUGUAGUACAAUGUUAAUGUUACCACUUUUAUAAGUUUGUAUUUAUUAUAUUUUUGUGUGUGAAAUUUCGCAACAUGCGGUUAAAUAUUAAUGAAAAUAGGCGAAAAGGAAACACAGUUAAAGAUUACACAUAACACUUUACUACUAAGGAUACUUCUAAAAAUGUCAUGUAAGAACAGCAAAUUUCAAAUUUCCUUUGUUAAUUUUAUAACUGACCAAAAUUAUGUUCUACAUGUUCUCAGAAUCAAUCAUUAUUUGGAUAAUAACUUUUUGUGGCCGCUAAGUUUGAUAAAUCCUAUACAUGAAUAGUUUGACUAAUACGUUUUCGAGUUACAAUUCGCCUUUAGAAUCUAUCCCAUACUGUUUUAUUUUUAUGUAGUAUCCUGAUUGAUUUUCUAUGUUUACCUUUCUAACUAAUUUUAGUACUUCACAUACUGAUAUUAUCAUCGCUUCGUAUAAACCUUAAACCGGAUUAUAGUUUACUUUGAUAAAGUCGCACAUAUUUUGUUCGUUCUCCUUUCCGCAUUCAGUUUCAUCUAGUUAUCCUCAGUUGUUUUUAUAUUAUUCAGAUAUGUACUUACAUCUAAGAAGACAUUGUUCAGUUAAAUCAACUAGGCCCCUGAAGCAUUUUUAUUUACUCAUCUUUUUCAGCCACAUUUUCAAAGCAACCACUUCGAAUUUCAUUAUUUGAUCGUUUCCACAAAAAUUUAUGAAACACAUUUAAACGCUUGCAUCCCAAAUUAGAUAAAUGCGCGGAUUCUGAAAUAUGACUAAAAUGUAUUUCCGUUUUAUUAUUUUCGUACAUUCAGGAAAUCUGUUUCACAAUUUUUUAUUUCUUCAUUCGCAUAAAUAGCUAGCUUGUCUGGUUUUAUAAACUUGUCAAUCUGAAUGUAUGUGAUUUAUCCAGAAUGCUUCUAAUGAUACCGACUAAAAGUAGGUGUUCAGAAAUUAUUUAAUAAUUUUAAACAUAAUAUUACAGUAGUUUCUAACUUGAUUGCCUAAAUCAUUUGCGAGAUUUUAGUGGCGUGUGUAGAGUUUUUCUGUAAAGGUAUCGAUGAUUAAAAUGAAGUUGCAGCAUAUCUGUUCAGCAAAGUUUUAUUUUGAUAGAGAACUUGAGUUAACUGAUCAUCGAUGGAGUUUCAAAUAUAAUUCCUGUUUUAUCGUGAAUAAUUUAUGUAUAUAUGAAUUCAACUUCAUUUUUCUUCGACGCGUUGAGUGGACGUGAACCCACCAUUUGAGAAAAACUGAUCCUGAUGUGCAUAAACAUAACGUUUUAGUUUUACUGGUAUAGACUCAACGCCAACAAACUGUUCAUCACUAUAUUUGUACAUAUUAAAUAGGUAGACAUCAAAGUACAUUAUAGGAAGGAAGCAAAAUCGUAUUUACUAUUUACCAAUUACAUAACUUCAUUAUUUAUAUUCCAUAUUUUGUAUCUAGUUUAUAUAAUCGAGGCUGUUCAAAGUGCGCAUCAUGGCACUUACGUUUAAGAGUCUGCCGUUCAAUAAAGCAAUUUGUAGAAA